GGCAGGCCGGUGAUUUUCCACUGCCGCUGAUGCCUCUGGUCCCCCUGUUUUAAGAGACAAAGGUCAGAAAGAGAGGCUUUAAAGCAGGCUAAAAUAUAGGCAACCGACGCGUCCAGCCCUCAGUCGCUCCCUGAGACACAGGAGGACACGGACAAGACGAAACGGAGAAGGGACACGCUCAAAGGACAUUAAAAGGACAAAUUAACAGACAAAAUCACAUCAACAGAUCAGAAUGGCUCAAAAAGAGAAACUUCAGUGUCUGAAGGAUUUCCAUAAGGACACUCUGAAGCCAUCUCCUGGUAAGAGCCCUGGCACCCGGCCCGAAGACGAGGCAGAGGGCAAACACCCCCAGCGGGAGAAGUGGGCCAGCAAGUUGGACUUUGUUCUGUCUGUGGCCGGCGGCUUUGUUGGUUUAGGGAACGUCUGGCGUUUCCCAUACCUCUGCUAUAAGAAUGGUGGAGGUGCAUUUCUCAUCCCCUACUUCAUCUUCCUGUUUGGCGGAGGUCUGCCAGUUUUCUUCCUUGAGGUCGCCCUGGGUCAGUUCACCUCUGAAGGUGGCAUCACCUGCUGGGAGAAGCUCUGCCCCAUCUUUACUGGUAUUGGUUAUGCCUCCAUUGUGAUCGUGUCCCUGCUGAAUAUCUACUACAUCGUCAUCCUUGCCUGGGGCGUCUACUAUCUGUUCCAGUGUUUUCAACCUGAGCUGCCCUGGGCCAAGUGCAAUCAGCCCUGGAACACCGACCGCUGCAUCGAGGACACCUACCGCAAGAACAAAUCCCUUUGGCUGGCUGCCAACAUCACAAACUUCACCUCCCCCGUCACCGAGUUCUGGGAACGUAAUGUGCUGGGUAUCACCAGUGGUAUACAUGACUUGGGUCCUGUUAAAUGGGACCUGGCUCUGUGUUUACUGCUCGUCUGGGUGAUCUGCUUCUUCUGCAUCUGGAAGGGAGUCAAGUCCACUGGCAAGGUGGUCUACAUCACAGCCACGUUCCCAUUUGUCAUGCUCAUCGUACUGCUGAUUCGUGGUGUGACACUGCCAGGUGCUAGCCAGGGAAUCAAGUUCUACCUGUAUCCUGACCUCACUCGCCUGAAGGACCCAGAGGUGUGGAUUGACGCUGGCACGCAGAUCUUCUUUUCCUAUGCCAUCUGUUUAGGCGCCAUGACGUCCUUGGGGAGCUACAACAAGUACAAAUACAACUGCUACAGGGACUGUUUGCUGCUGGGAGCCCUCAACAGUGGUACCAGUUUUGUGUCUGGCUUCGCAAUAUUUUCCGUCCUGGGCUUCAUGGCACAAGAGCAAGGGGUGGACAUUGCUGAUGUGGCAGAGUCAGGUCCAGGCCUGGCGUUCAUUGCCUACCCCAAGGCAGUAACCAUGAUGCCUUUCCCUACACUCUGGGCAAUCCUCUUCUUCAUUAUGCUGCUGCUGCUUGGCCUCGACAGUCAGUUUGUGGAGGUGGAAGGGCAGAUCACAUCACUGGUGGAUCUGUAUCCGUCCUUCCUACGGAAGGGUUACCGCAGAGAGGUCUUCAUCGCUAUCCUCUGCUGCAUCAGCUACCUGCUUGGACUCACCAUGGUUACCAAGGGUGGCAUGUAUGUUUUCCAGCUGUUUGAUUACUAUGCAGCUAGCGGUGUGUGCCUUCUGUGGGUGGCAUUCUUUGAAUGUAUAGCUGUUGCCUGGGUUUAUGGCGUUGAUAAUUUCUAUGACGCACUUGAGGACAUGAUGGGCUACAGACCAAAUCCUUGGAUGAAAUGGAGUUGGACUGUUAUCACUCCUUUACUGUGCAUGGGCUGCUUUAUCUUCUCCUUGGUCAAAUACAAGCCAUUGACGUACAACAAGGUCUAUGAGUAUCCUGACUGGGCCAUCGGAAUAGGGUGGACUCUGGCCUUGAUCUCCAUGAUCUGCAUCCCUAUGGUGGUUGUCAUCAAGAUCAUCCGAUCUGAUGGGCCGCUCAUUGAGAGGAUUAAGGCUGUGGCAGCCCCGGUUCGUGGCGGGGCCAGUUCCCGCCCCGCAGACCACCGUGGCCCUAAGGAGCUCUCCUAUCCGCUGGACCCCAACGGGAACAAGGGUCUGCUGAUGAAAGCCCCCACCCACACCAUCGUAGAAACCAUGAUGUAAAGGAAUGAGGCGGAGGCUCUCCAUGAGAUCGCUCUCCUCUCCUCUCCUGUCCUCUAAAACGCUUCUGAAGCUAGCUAGCUUUCUGUCUAUCUGUCUUUCUGUCUGUCUGGUGGACUGAUAAGGGUUUUAAGGAAAAAAAAAAGAAAUUCCCAUUUCAAAUCUUUUAGGAAUACUUUGGUAGUCUGCUCUUGGUGGUUUUCUUAAGAGGGGAGCAAUCACACUUUAAAUCUAUUUCUGAAUUACUCACGAGUUUGUUUGUUUUUUUCCUAUUUGUAAUAUUCAUGUGACUAAGCUUCCCACUAUUGUCUUGUUUAAAGGCAGAGUGGCAAAAUAGCACCAGCCUCUGGUCAUAACGCUGGUAGAUUUCUGUUCCACCAGCUACUUUAGCUGAAAGCCAGCCAUUGUUCUAAAAAACGGAUAAAGUGGUUAUUGAGUCUUGGAAUCAAACAGCCUUUUGUAGCCACAAUAUGAAAAAGGUUUCCUGCGUUGAUCACAGAUCACCAAAAGCAUUUUCUUUUUUUAGCGCUAUAACAGCUCUUUGCCUGUGAUUCAACGGACAGGGUGCACUUAUCUGAGGGCAUGUGCCAUAGGGUUCAACUUUGGCUUUUUCUGGUCUGCUGUGCUCAGCAGAGAAUUAGAUGAUUAAGGCACUACAGGUCCAGCAUUGUUAACUACCAUGUUGCAAUUGGAGGAAGACGGGUAUAAAUGAAUGUCCCCCUUUCAUUAAUCAGAAAUUCUGAAAAUCAUCGUGAUGUGGCUGUCACAGGGAAAGGCUCCCAAUGCACAAAUGUUACAUCCUGUCCAAGUCUAACAAAACUAACUCGUAAAAAUCCAAAGCUGCAGCCACCAAAGUUAAAUGUCGCUUUUCCCCCACUCGAUCGCGGACUAGCUAGCACUAGUAAGCACGAUGAAAAAUCAGAUGAAUCCACGAUUGACAAAGCCAUGAUAUGGGCUAUCAUGGCUGACCCUUAUCAAGCCAGGUCUCUGGUUAUUAAACGCACCUUAGCACACAUAUCCCCAUCUUCCAUAGCUACAAACUAUGGUUCAAAGAGAAAACUAGCACUGAGAUUGUGUCGGGGAAACCCGCUCCUGCACAAAGCGAGAGGUAUCUGAAAGGAUUUGAAGUGUGGAGGUUGAACCCUUGAGUCUGUUGUCUGUGGCGUACUGUACAGUAGUAGCUAAUCAGUCUAUCUAUAUCUAUCUCUAUCUUUCUCUGUCCUAGACCAGUUUACAGUACAUUAGUGACUGCACUAGGCACUCUUGGCUUAUAAUUUUGAAUUUAUUUUAUUUUCUACAGAGGAAGUUACAUUAUUAUUAGUUUUUCCUCUGUCAAUGUUUAGAUUUUUUUUUAUUGAUACUGAUGUUAUUGGUAUUCUCUAUUGAUGAUAAUUGCUGUAGUUUUACAUAGAAGGAGGAACACUUCUUUCAUCUGGUGAAAAUACUAAGCUAUUAUACAAAUCAUUCAUUUACAGUGGCAGCCAUUGUAGUAUUAGUCCUCAUCAUGCAUUUCUCCAGCCUUGGUCCUGCCAACAAUCUUUUAUUGUCACUCAAUCAACCAAUGCAACUGAAUUUUUUCCCAAAUAUUUUCUCUUUUAGGGGUAUGGGUCAAACAUUUGGUGAGCAGUUCAAUGUAUCGUAAAAACAGAAGUUCUACAAUGGCUCCAUUUGUAAGUUUGUAGGUGUUGGGAGUUUAUAGAUUUUCCUCAUCUGUAAAUACCAGGGGACAGUAUUUAAUUCGGAUAAAUUUGUGCAGACAGGGAGGGCAUGACAUGUCGCCUGCUCAACGUCUCAAAGCAGCCAUUGCUUUGGUGACAUUCGCAAGAAAUCAGUCAGACUGUCGAUUCGUCUGAAUGUCAAACUCCUUUCCAGACACUGUGAAACGUGGCAGCUGGCUGCAGACAAAUUGUAGCCGGUGAUUGACAGAGUUUGGUCACUUUUUUUCCACUAUGUUUACCAUUUUGCUUCACCUCAUGUAAAACGAGCUGAAGAGCUUCAUUUCAAACAAGGAGUCCCAGUUGUUAUGUGACAUUGCAGGUUUUCAGAUUUUUGCACAUUGCAACUUGGUGGGAAUUGGCUGUGCUUCAUUUAGGAUUAUCUGUUUUAUGGUGUACCAAAAGCAAACUAACCCCCACUUCAUUUGCAACCUUCAAAUAAUUAAUUGGUCUACAAGUACUUCAGUACUUUGUAAAACCUUUAAAAUACAGCCUGUGAUUCAAAUUAAUGCUAAGCAAAUAUUUUUAAAAAAUGAAGCGAGCACACCGUUAAACUUUGACCAUAUUGUAAUGAAAGCUGUGAAAUUGGGCACUUUGUAAGAAAAUGACACUGGAAAACUGUGUCUAACACCCCUAAGACCUGCACUCGAUUGAUACAUGUGUUAAUGGAUUUAGAGCCUUCACCUCAGCUCAUUUAAAAUGUGUUUAGAGUUUUAAUAACCUGCAGGUACCCCAAAAUGAAAACUGCACUAAAGUAACCUUUGUCUGAUCUUCUGUAGUUUGGACUAAAACUCUGAUUUCUCUUUGAUGAAUUUAUACUUUCUGCAUCACAGAGCUCCCAUUGGUUGCAGCAGACUAUAAAAUAUCCAUGUCAUCAUGUUGAGACGUUGACAUGGACGCCAGUGAAACCAGCUAUGUCCAAACUCUAUUAAUCAUUGGUAUGUGAUGCAUCAACAAUCUUCAACUCCUGCCUAUUUUUUUUAAUAAAUCACAAAAAACUGCUUUACAUUCUUCAUGGUAACAGAUGGCCAUAACAUUGACAGUGUCAACUAAUAACAGCUGAAAGCAGACUAUCUGAGAAGUUAUGACAGUUACAACUGAUCAACAUUCAUUUUAAUGUCUGUGUAACGUGUAUGUGUCCCAGCGACCGUCCACUCAGGACCUUCUCUGUAGUGCUUUUAUCUACCGUAUGGCUGAAAUCAACCCAGCAUCCAAAAAAAUUAGACUCGUAACUGUGGGGAACAAAGAACAAACAUCUAAUGGUAGCAAUCCAAACUGAUGCUUUUGUGCAGCUUGAAAGGCACCUGAUCAGUUCUUUGGCACACCGAAUAGAAAAUCACACACCUUUAACUGCCUGUUUAUCCACAAUCAAAGACAAAAAUACAGAGAGAGUGAGUCAAAGUGGGUUUUUAUUGCACCUUAUUUGUAUAAUUUGGACUUCAUAUCAACUGAUGAGGCCAAACAACACUGCCAUCUUUUUAUUCAGGGUCCUCACUGGCCUCAAUAGCAUAAAAUAAAAGUCUGAAUACUGUCAAAAACAUGUAAGGUUUUAUCUUUUUUAAGUGCUUCUCUUCUCCCAAAAGAAAACAUAUUAAAAUAGAUCAAAACAUUAAGAUUCAAUCACAUCAAAUAUACAUCUAUACAGCACACACACAUUGCAGGAAUUUGACAAAUAAUAUCACAUCACAUGUUUCGUCUGUGUUUGUUUAUUUCUUUUUUUUCAAAUAGAGUAAAGUAGUUCAUAUCAUCAAAUGGGAUUUGUGAAACCAGAUCCAUAGCAAACAUCUAUUUUCAUACAGUAUCAAACUUUUCCUAUCUAAGUCGUCUUUGUACAGUUAAGCUCCCAUUAAACGUCCCGUUUUAAUAAAGAUCCAAAGCGUUGUUUUAAUGUUAAACUUUUGUACAGAGAUGGUCCUCGAUUCUCCUGAAUGAUCUUUGCACUAAGUGAAAAUAAAUUAUUUACUGCAUUUUGACUAAAAUAAAAAAAGAUGACACCAGGUUCAGUGCAUCUUUUGAAGAUUCUGAAGAUGCACAAAACGGAAAAAAUGUUUAAUAUUGUGGAGAUUUCAAAAAAGACCUUCCAAUAGCAAUGAUGACAAUGUUGCUAGGAGUCCAAACGCAAGCACACAAAAAUAGUUAAGGUCAUGUAAAAAUACUCACAUGAAUGAAUCAUGUUUUUUCAACAGUGCAAAGAUCUUUCUUUUGAUGGGGAAAUGUGGACCAGAAAUAAUAUCUAAUGCAGUCAUUUAUUGGUUUAUUCUGCCUCUCUGUGUAUACUUGCAGUAUGUACCAGUCCUUCUGCCUUCUUACACUCCCCAUCAGUUAGCCUAAGUAAACCUUUCGUUAACGUAAGCUAACCAUUUUCUCUCAGAAAUAAUGAACUCACAAGAAAAUUGAAGCAUUAGUGAUGCACAGGUUUUUACCACCGAAUGUUGAAAUGUGAAAGUCACCUGUGGGUGAAUGUAAAAGUUUCUGAAGAUUUCUUUUUUGGGGUGAAAAGAAAAGAAUCCACUUCUUUUUCUUUUCACUACUCUUGUUUUAUUGAAUUCAACAGUUUCUUUUUGUCGUUUUUGUUUUUGAUUGUAUGUCUGUCACAUUUGCCUUUUGUAUUCCAAAUAUAGUGUAUUUGAACCUCUGUCAUUGGAGUAACACAUACAACUAUCAAUCAAAAAAACAAACAAAAAAAAGCUACAAUUUGUUACGUGCAAUACUUUGUAGAAUACUUUUAUUUUUCAUGCUGUUUUUUUCCCAAUAGGUGGUACUAACCUUUGAAGUAAGAUUUUAGCCUGUGAAUUCUUGAGGAGGAUAAUUUGAAUCUUCAGGGUCCAGUUAAAUUAAAACCUGCCACAAAUUGCUCAGCAGUGUGGAACUAAACCAAACUCAACCACUACUCCAUCAAAGAUCUUGUGGUUUGAAAUGCACUGAGAAUAAAAUGAUUACUGAACUUCAUCCAGCUGAAUUUCUUUGUGAAAUGCUAUGCUUUAUUUUGUGACAGACUGCUAAUUUGUGAGUUGGUGAGGGAUAUGAAACACAGUAACACUGCCACUAAGCCCACCAUCUUUCUACCUGCCUGUACUAUUCUAAAUACUGCCAUGUUGCUAAGGAAAAAUCAGGCAGGCUUCCAACAGCAAGCCGCCACCACCAAAGUUCACUUUUUCUUAUUUACAGCACAUCAGCGAUAGCUACAAAGGCUAACCUUCAUGAGACUUGUAAGCCUAAUUUGCUUCUAAUGGAACAAAUACCUUGGAGUAAGUUGGGCUGCUUCUGCGAAGCCUGUCCCUCAGCAACAAAAGCAGGAAAUCCAAUAAAAACCAGAUUACACCAUAUCAAAAGUGGGCUUUUCUUUAAAACCUUGUAUGCAAUUUCUACAUUCUCCUUAUUCAGACAUUUUUAGCGAAAUUCAACUCUGCCAAAACCUGCAACCUUAGUGCUUUUUCAGAAAAAGUGAGGAACGAAACCACAUGUACACAGAAACAGAUUUUACAUUCCAUGUUGCCUAAACCAUCCUCGUAAUUAGAACACCACCAUAUUUACAGGAUUCAGAAACCGAUAGUCUGUUUCUGUGAUACAGAUGCAACAUUAGACCAUACAGAUGCCAUCUCUGACCUAUACAGAGGUGACAAAAUCUGUUUUACUGCUGACGUCAAUGUGUGGCUGUGAAGAUACACAAAAUGGGCUCCAUUUCCUGGCAGCAUCUGUAACGCAAAGAUCGUCUUUGUUCUUUCGUUUGAAGUUUGAAAAAGAUGUCGUCCUUCACUCAGAGAAUCACAGCGAUGGUGUAACCUAAUGAAUACGAUUGGCUUUUUUGGCUUUCAUUUAAGUUUUGACUUGCAAGGACAAGAUUCUAACAAGGAAACAAUAGGAGGUAAAAUCUUUCCUCCUUUCAAAUGAAAGCGAUCUCAGCACUAAGUCCUCUGGGAAAUGGAGUCCUGCUUAUCAUUCUAUCCUCAUCUUCAUCAUCGUCUCCAAUGACUUGCCUCUGUCUUUCCUGCAUUAUACUGUAAACCAGCCCUUCCUUUUUGAGAAUGUACAUGGGAAAAUGUUUUUUAAUUCUUGGUGAAGGAAAAAAAAACAUUUUUAAACAAAUUUGAAAGCUUUUUAUUUUUUAUUUCUAUGGCCAACCAGUAAGCUAGAAAAAAAAGAAGAAAAAACAUGUGUGUUUGAACAGGUUUUACAAUGGUGUAAAACAUUUUUUAUUUCUUAAUAAAAAAUUUGUCUUCAGAAAAUGA